CGGAAGUGGUUGGCGGAGCGGAAUCAGCGACACCGGGAGCUGGAGAAGACGCUGCCCCCCCCUCCCGGUCCCGGUCCCGGUCCCAGCCGCCGCCGCCAUGUUGAAGGCUGUGAUUCUGAUUGGAGGCUCCCAGAAAGGUACAAGGUUCCGGCCUUUGUCCUUCGAGGUACCAAAGCCCUUGUUCCCGGUGGCAGGGGUCCCGAUGAUUCAGCAUCACAUUGAAGCUUGUUCCAGGGUUCCAAAUAUGAAGGAGAUUUUACUGAUUGGUUUCUACCAGCCAAGCGAUGAAUUAAGCCGGUUCCUCACAUUAGCCCAGCAGGAGUUCAAAGUCUGUAUAAGAUAUCUGCAGGAAUAUGUAGCUCUGGGGACUGGUGGUGGGCUGUACCACUUCCGAGACCAGAUUCUCUCAGGAAACCCGGAAAAGUUCUUUGUCAUGAACACGGAUGUUUGCUCCGAGUUUCCACUGAUGCAGAUGAUGGAAUUUCAACAAACUCGGGGACAAAUCAACUCAUUUGUUAUGUUGGGGACAACUGCAAACAGGAGACAGUCGAUGAACUAUGGCUGCAUUGUGGAGAAUCAGCAGACGCAUGAGGUUCUCCAUUAUGUGGAGAAACCGAGCACCUUUGUCAGUGACAUCAUCAACUGUGGAAUUUACCUCUUCACACCGGAUAUUUUCCAGUAUAUCGGAGAAGUGUUCAGGAGAAACCAGCAGGACCUCUCCAUAGAGGAGGGCACUAAUGGCUGGCAGCGAGUUGAGAUUAUCCGGUUGGAGCAGGACAUCUUCACCACCAUGGCUGGGCGUGGCUCGCUCUAUAUUUACAGAACGGAGGGCUUCUGGAGUCAGAUCAAGUCAGCCGGGUCUGCUAUCUACGCCAAUCGAUUGUACCUCAACCAAUACCAAACAACACACCCAGACCGGCUGGCUGAGCAUAGGCAGAGUGGCCCCAGAAUCAUAGGAAACGUUUAUAUCCAUCCAACAGCGACCAUUGACCCCACAGCUGUGCUGGGUCCCAAUGUCACCAUUAGUACGGGAGUGACGAUUGGAGCUGGCGUUCGAGUCCGAGAGUCCAUCAUCUUACACGGAGCCUCGCUGCAGGACCACAGCUGUGUGCUGAACUGCAUUGUGGGCUGGGAUAGCACCAUUGGAAAAUGGUCAAGAGUUGAGGGAACCCCGAGUGACCCCAACCCCAAUGACCCCCACGCCAAAAUCGACAGUGAAACACUCUUCAGCGAUGGGAAACUGAAUCCUUCGAUUACCAUUCUCGGAUGUAAUGUCAGUAUUCCCGCAGAGGUGAUUAUCCUGAACUCCAUUGUGCUCCCUCACAAGGAGCUAAAUCGCAGCUUCAAGAAUCAGAUCAUUCUGUAGAGCCGGGCUGUUCCAUCACUCAUUCUGCUCGUCAGGCAGGAUUGCACCUUGUCCUGGCCGUGAAUCAGUACCUGCACAGACCAACUGACCCCAGUCUCCAACAUCAACUUUUUGCACUAAGCAGAUUGGUGCCUCAUUAUUUUCCUGAGCUUAUUUUAUAUAAAUAUAUAAAUCUAUUUAGUUUAAUUACAAUAACUGGAUAUGACUUUUGGAGCAAUCAAACCCCUCCUCCCACAGCCCCAUGUACCUUCCUUCUCUAAGGAUUGUUCUUAAUUCAGUCUGUACUCUCAGGAUUGUGGUGGUGUAGACAGAUGUUUAUUAAUAUUGGAGGGAUUGUCAAUGUCUUUUGAACACCUUCCAGCUGUUUUUUGGAUGGAAGGAUAUUGAAGGUAAAAUUGUUGUGGGUUAUCCACCACAUGAAUAAAGUGAUUGCUUAAA